AUGGAUGCAGCAAACUUGACUCAUGACACUUUUCUGAAAUCGUCGGAUAUUGAUGUGAACGACGUUCGCAAAAGUCAAGUAUCGGCCAUCGACGUUAUCACUGAAGAACUUCACUACAGCCAGUUUUUUGUGAAGUACAUGCUACCAAAUCAGCCAUGUUUAUUUGGUUCACAGGUAACCUCUUGUUGGAAAAGUGUUAAAGAUUGGGUUACGGAAGAGGGGAGACCAAAUUUUAAGUUUCUGCAAGACCGUUUUGGCAGAGCUGUGGUGCCAGUUGCUAACUGUGCUGGCAAACAUUAUGAUUCUCAACCCAAAGAAGAUAUGUUAUUCACAGAUUAUAUAAAAUAUUGGAAAGAUUACAUUGAUAGUGAUUAUUCAACUGAUAGGAAAUGUCUCUACCUCAAGGACUGGCACUUUAACAGGGAGUAUCCGGGAUAUACUGCAUACAAGACUCCAGUGUAUUUCCUGUCGGAUUGGUUGAAUGAAUUCUGGGAAAGUAGAGAAGACCAAAUAGAUGAUUACAAAUUUGUCUACAUGGGACCCAAAGGAUCAUGGACGCCAUUCCAUGCUGACGUAUUCAGGUCAUACAGCUGGUCUGCCAAUGUCUGUGGGAGGAAAAAGUGGCUUUUAUUUCCCCCUGGGCAAGAACAGAAUCUUAAAGAUGUCCAUGGCAACCUGGCUUAUGAUGUCACUUCCCCUGAGAUGCAUGAUGGGACAAAGUACCCAAAUUAUGAUAAAGUGUCAGGGAUGCUAGAGGUAAUACAGGAAGCUGGUGAAGUCAUCUUUGUACCAAGUGGAUGGUAUCAUCAAGUUAUUAAUAUGGAUGACACCAUUUCUAUCAACCAUAACUGGAUCAAUGGCUGCAAUGUUGAUAUUUGCUGGGACUUUAUCCAGAGUGAGUUGAAGUCUGUAGAGGACGCCAUUGCAGACUGUCGUGAUAUGGACGGAUGGCAUAAACAGUGCCAGUUAAUUCUAAAAGCAAACAGUGGAAUGGAUUAUACAGAUCUAUUUACAUUUCUUCAUACUAUUGCUAAGCAACGGAUGAAGAACCUGAAUACUGUCAUGGCAACCAAUGAAGAAUUUGAGCAUGUAAACUUUAAUUAUCAUGAUGUGUUUGAUUUAAACAAAAUUCUGAAUCUUUUAAAGCAUAUUUUAAAAAAUAAGGAUUUUUCAGAAAUCGAUUAUGGAACUCUUCAUGUUAACCCUAAAGACUUUGUUGCCAGUUUAAAUCAUUUUUUACAUAAUGAACUUACAAGUUAUCUUUGA